UCGCGGAACUUCCGCAAUCCCCGUUUACAACAACAGACCUUUAUAAGAGGUCCCACACCAAGUGAGCAGGGCAGCUUAUUCAUCACACUGAAAUGAAGCCUAGCAACGCCUGGACCCUCCUGCUCUCCGUAGCUUUUCUAGACUUUGUUUGCUGUUCUACAGAUUCUGGACCACUGUUCUUGACGCCCUUAAUCGAGCAGAACAGGUAUGACGAAGCAAGGACCAAAAGCAGAGUGGGCUUGUUCGCAAAAGAGGCAAAUGCCAUAGCUCAUUCUGGUUUCAUCACUGUGAACAAGACAGCUGGAAGCAACCUGUUCUUUCUUCACGUGCAGGCGCAGGAAAACCCACUGACUGCACCACUGAUGCUAUGGACACAAGGCGGUCCAGGUCUGUCCUCCUUAUUCGGCGAAUUUCUCGAGAUCGGACCCCUUGCCAUCGGCGCCGACGGAAGGCUACACAAGCGGCUCGAAACAAUACAAAAAGACGUAAGCGUCAUCUACCUCGAUGUUCCCGUCGGGGCUGGCUACAGCUUCACGAAAGACCCCUCGGGUUACUCACGAAACCUCGGGGACAUCGGCGCAGUGGUAAUGGAAUUCCUGAGACAGUUCUUGGUGCUGUUCCCGGAAUACAAGGAGCGAGAUUUCUACGUCGCCGGAGAAUCGUACGGAGCAAGGUACGGCGUUGGAAUCGCUUACCAGCUGCUCACUGCGCCAGUCAAGCACGUGCCUCUCAAAUUUCGAGGAGCAGUCGCCGGAGACGGUUUCCUGGGACCUAUCGUGGACAUAGCAGACUCCAGCGAAUUUCUCUACCAUGCUUCCAUGGUCACUCAGAAAGGCCGCGAUGUUUUCGCGAAGCAGUUUUCCACGAUGAGGAGCCUUUUGGCAGACCGCAAGGCGCCGGAAGCCUUGCUACUUUUGCUCCAUACAAUAUUCACUGAUGACACCAACCCUACCUUGUUUCAAAACCUCACGCUGUACAACAACCAAGCGAGCGCUCUGUACUCCGAGAUGCCGGCAAACAUGCGUAAAUACUAUCAGUACGUCAACACGACAGGAUUCAGAGAAGCGAUUCACGUCGGGUCCAACGUUGAGUUUCAACAGAACAACAAAGUUCUCUUGGUCAGCCUAGCCCCUGACUACGUCACAGACAUUAGCGCUGAAGUAGAGCUGCUCCUGAAUACGAGUAAGGUGCUGUACUACGCGGGCCAAGUGGACACGCUGUUUCCUUCAACCAAUCUGCGAGCCUACAUCCGUAGCUUGAACUGGACUGGUGCUUCAGAAUACCGAAGUGCACCUCGAAAUGUCUGGAAGACACACGGAGGUUCCGAUGGAAUAAGUGGCUACAUAGUUCGAGUGCGCAAUUUCACUGAGGCAGUGAUACUCGGAGCGGGUCACUACGCUGCUGUAGACAAACCCGAUGAGGCCAAUUAUCUUAUAAAGAAUUUUGUAAGUUCAAGUUCGGUGUUAGGACAACGCGCACGCAAGCCUAGCAGUGUAAGGCGGCCAUUUUUCCGAUAAUAUGAGCUGGUCGCGGUUCUGCGAAAACUGCAGAGCACGCAAGUGGAAUUUCAAACCCAAAAGGGGUUCUUUACAUAGAUGCAUGGCUUUCAUGCGAAUGGCAUUUAUCGAAAAAAAAGCAAAUCAGCUGCUGCUAUCGUCUUCGUCUUGCUUUUUCGCCUUCGUUUUCACCAAAAAACACUGAGUAUGUGUCGCUUUUCAGCAAACGUCUUUCACGUCAGCGCGUUAGUGAGCUGCGUCAUAAAUUCACUUGGUAUGUGCAACUCUCCAAUAAACAUCUCGCGAACUUGGGCCCGUGUGUAUGUGUCACUGAGUCGCGGCAAGCGAGGGAACAAGUCUCAGCGUUCACACGCACCAGCGCAUUACGCUUCGCUUCUUGGAGGCCACGCGCGCACUUUUUGUCUGCCCCACUAGACGGCGCAGCAUGCCCAGAAAGAAGCGCGUCAGAGGAGCUCGGCUGCCAGAUGACGCGUUGCUAUAGGUGUUCGUACGCACUGGCACGCCGUGCAUGUCGGAGGUCCCGUGCAGGCUUCGUGGCGGCACCGCUAGAAGGUGCUGGGUGUUCCUAGGGAAGCGCGAAAGACAGGUCUGGUGGCAGAACACGUCUCAUACAUAACUUUUAUCGACGGUGGCACUACGUCGUGUCACUAUAUUGAUUCAAUGCUAAACGCACUACCGUCGACCGCCAUCUUGAGAUGUGUUCUGGCGAAUUUUUUUUUAUUCAUCGAAGAAGAGGAAAAGUGUUCACCAUAAUCUCAGCCAAGGAGUCCCAGAAGGCAGUGUGCCGGGUCUGUUUCUUUUUAACUGUGUGAAGGUCGACUUACUAUGGAGGCCACUACUUGGACUACAUUACUUUUUAUACGCAGACGAUCUCUCUAGUUCGGCCUCCGCUUCACGCACCAACCUUGUUCAGUCAACGUUACAGGAAGACUAUAGCACUGUGGAUUAAUUUCUCAGGAAAAAGAAAUGAGACCGUUCCUUUCCCACAUUGAAACAGCUGCGCUACCAUUCACCAGACGACACCUGAAGGACUUUAAGCUUCACCGUGAGGGACAACUUUCGGUCAUAGCAAAACAACACAGAUUGUUUGGUGUUAUACUCGGCAGACAACUCUCUUGAAACCCUCAAAACAAAGCACUUGAAAAAGUGAAUUCAAUUUUAAAUUGCAAGUACGAGACGGGGAUGUUCACCUUCAGCAAUGCUGGAGGUACAUAAUAGGCUUAUAAAAUAAAAAUAACCUAUUCCUCGCCAGUUAUGAACGUGCUCUCCCUCGCAUCUUGGGAACGGCUUCAGUGGUUAAUAGCCGGGAGCAUUCAAGUAUGUUUGGAUGUUGUUCGGGUAACUUUCAUACAGUUCUUUAGUAAUUUGCAGAAGCACGCCCCGCACCAUCCAUGGUUAUGAGAAUGGUAGAAACACGUAGACAUUUUUUUCGCCUUUCGGCGCUCCCUGACAGCCAUCCAUUAGCUAUAGCACUUGAUGACAGAGACAGGACUUCCAAUAAUAUCGUUAUUCUGAUAUACGAAAAUCUAUUGCCGAAACACUAAUUUUAGAACGCAGAUGUUUCAUAUCCUUUACGGCGACCAUGGACCCAAAAUUUAGCUCUUUCAUGACAGAAUAAUUCGCACAGGAGACAUGUUCAUGUUUGAAGCACAACAACUGGCAUGCCGCCGGAUGCAUUUCAAUUUCCCAAGCUACGCUCAAAUGGAUACCAAUGGUUCUUGUCAAGGUUAUUGGACUUCUUCCGAACUUGCCCUUCUAGAAUGAAAGAACAAGCAGAUGUAUCAGCUAUUUCACGCGACAUCGACUGCAGCCUUACUGUAUUUAGUGCAAUUACUGUAUGUUUUACUGUAUUUAGUGCAACCAUGAGAGCUUACUUUCUUUCCAGUGUCUCUUCUGUGACCUCUGUUGUAAACUGUCCUUACUGCAUGAAUGCGAGCUGACUUUAAGUUGCGGUGUGUUGUCUGUGGCCUGUUCUACGAAUGGUAUUUUAUAUGUUUACGUGACAUAAUUAUGCUCCAGUGCGAUCUAUUUUACUUCUGUUGUGAAUUAUGUUUAGAGAAGAAAAUAAGCCGAAUGUCUGGCUCACUCUGACUGUUCUUGUGGUCUUUAUAUUGUUCAGCAUUGGCUUCCUAUUUCAUUUUUUAUAUAUCUACGUGAAAAAGACAAGUCGGCUCUGCCUAACGAUGCCAACAUCUCCUAAAUAUCGUGCAUUCAAACAGUUUCUAGCACUCAUCACUUCCCGAAGGCUCUCUGAGGUGUCAUCAAAAGGAGCCUAAUAACUGCGAUGGAAAAGCAAUGUUAUCUGCUACAAAACAAAGCUUAUUUAUUAAAAGCUUUUUUUCUUCUUUA